AGCUCGUGCCUCUGCGCUGAGCUGCUCCCGGUGUCGCGGCAUGGCUGCUCACUGCUCUCUGCAGGUCAAGCGCCUGCUCUUGGACCCCAAGUUCGAGGGUUACAAGCUGUCCCUGGAACCGCUGGCCUGCUACCAGCUGGAGCUCGACGCGGCUGUAGCAGAAGUGAAGCUUCGUGAUGAUCAAUAUACCCUUGACCACAUGCGUGCUUUUGGCAUGUAUAAUUAUCUUCAUCUUGAUUCCUGGUACCAGGAUAAUGUCUACUAUGUUGAUCAGUUUGGAAGGAUUAUGAAUCUGUCAGUGACUCUGGACACUGCUCUGCAAAAACCAAGAGAAGUUUUCCGGCUACCUACAGAUUUGACAGCUUAUGAUAAUCGCCUUUGUGCCUCAAUACACUUCUCAUCUUCCACAUGGGUUACCCUUUCUGAUGGUACAGGAAGACUGUAUUUAAUUAAAUCAGGCAAGCGUGGAAACAGUACAUUUGAAAAGUGGGAGAUUGUGUUUAAUGAAGAACUAGGAAGUCCUUUUACUAUAGCACACAGUGUUUCAUUUGUAAAAUCUGAUACUCAUUCAGUAGCUGUGCUGCUGCUUAGGGUAGAAAAAGAUGAAUUGGACACAAAAGGAAGUGGAUUUCAUAUUACCUUGGAAUGGGUUACAAUUGCAGAGAUAGGCAAAGAGGGUGAUCACAGAUAUGAAAUCUUGAAAAGGAGAGUUUUGCAAGGAAAAUCAGUCCCACAUUAUGCAGCAAUAGAGCCAACUGGGGAUGGUUUAAUGAUUGUUUCCUACAAACCAUUCAAAUUUAUGCAAGGUGAAGACAACAAAUCAGAAGAAAAUGAUGAUGCAGAAGCAACAAAGGAAAAGAAAGACCCUCUCUAUUACUGGCAGCAGACUGAAGAUGAUGUGACAAUAACAGUUCACAUUCCUGAAGACAUCACUAAGGAUGACAUAAAAGUACGCUUUUCCCCUGAUAACAUAUGUGUUAUACUGAAAGAUCAGCCUCCCUUGAUGGAAGGAAAACUGUAUUCAUCUGUGGACCAUGAAAGCUGCACAUGGAUAAUUAGAGAGAACAAAAGUUUGGAAAUUUCUCUAAUUAAGAAAAAUGAGGGACCCCGGUGGCCAGAGCUAAUACUUGGUGACACAAGAGGGGAAUUCAUUAUGGACUCUUCACAAUGCUCUGAAAUAUCUGAAAGCCUGAUGCAUCUUACCUCUGAAGUAAUGAAUCCAAACCCUGAGAAGGAGAACCCACCUUGUAAUGCUCAAGAAUUAGAAGAAUGUGAUGCUUUUCUUGAAGAUAGUGCAAGCUUGUGCCGAUUUGAUGGUGAUACCUUGAAAGUCACUCAUGUGAUUAAUCUUGGAAGCAACCAGUAUCUUUUCUCAGUUGUUGUGGAUCCCAAAGAAAUGCCAUGCUUCUGCCUGAGGCAUGAUGUUGAUGCUCUUCUCUGGCAGCCCCACUCUGACCAACCAGAGAACAUGUGGGAACACAUUGCAACUUUUAAUGCUUUAGGUUACGUCCAAGCAUCAAAGCAAGACAAGAAGUUCAUGGCUUGUGCUCCAGAUUAUUCCUAUGCUGCUCUCUGUGAAUGCUUACGACGAGUUUUCAUCUAUCGCCAGCCAACUCCUCUGGCCACAGUUCUGUACAACAGGAAGGAAGGAAGACAAGUCGGACAGGUUGCAAAGCAGCUAGUAACAACCCUGGAAGCCAGUGAUCCUAUCUUAGGCUUUCAAGCUACAAGUGAGAGAUUAUUUGUUCUCACGACAAAAACCUUGUUUUUAAUAAAGGUGAACUCUGGAAAUUAAUUAUUUAGUUUAUUCUGCUGCAAUUUGUGUUAACGAUUUGUGAAAGAACUGGCAAGGUAAGUGCUCUGAGAAGUUCAGAACUAUCUGCUGAAGUUUAGAAAGGGGUAUUUUACAGGGGAAUCAAAAUUUUUUUGUCAAAAUUUAUCUGUAAGAUAAAAAGCUUUUCAACUUGGCUGUCUCUGAAGUAAGCUUUUUCAGAUCUAUGGGACAAUGUCUUCUGCAACUAACAGCUUUCUCAAAGCAGUUUUCAGAAGCUGCUACUGCAUAGGUGGAUAGAUUUAUGCAUCAUUUUUCCCAACUAUUUCCCAUACUUGUGAGUUUUGAGAAUUCAUUUCUUGUUUUAAAUGACACUGUUUACCUAUGGAAAAAGUAGUCAGAUAAAAAAGAUAAAGCCUUGUGUUUCAAGCAUAUGAUGUAUAAACAAGUGUGUAUCGUAAGGAAAACAAAUCCCAAAUUCAAAUGCUAUUGGCCAAAAAAAUGUUUAAUAUUUUGAUAUUCAGUAACAUCAAGGGAAAUGUGAAUGGAAUGAAUGGGGAAUUAUGUUUCUUAUACAGGUAAUUAAUUCAAAUGGAAUCAUUUCAUUGCAUAUGCAGAUUUAGAUUAUUGACUUAGGACUUAACGCUUGCAGUGAAAUUUGUUCAUAUUUCAGGAGACACUAGAAUAGCUUUUAGUAGCUUUUUCCUGGAGCAAAGUAAGGGUCAGUGUGAUUACCUGUUGGGGUGGUAUUAGUUUUAUUUUAAAUUGACAUUGUCAAUACAGUUAAACCAAAAAUGGGUCAGUUGUGACAGCUCCACCCUGGGGUGUUUUGCAUUCUUUUAUUCAUGUUUUGCUUACAACCCCAUAGCAAAGAAUGUCUCAUAUGUUGUAUACUGACAGGAAAGCUGUUGUGAUCUGUGGUACCAAAGACCUCUGUAAGAAUCUACUUGCGAGGAAAAUAAGCGUUCCUUUUUUAUGGACUAACAGUUUCUUAGUUGUGAUUGGUUUGGUUCUCCUGUAAAUUCUCCAGACUUGUAUCAGUGAAAUUAUUAAAUCAUGUAGUGAGAAUUGAAGAGAGAAACAAACAGUUCUGGCUUGCAAAAAUGCCUCCAAAUGCAGGAGCUUUUCAAGGAACCUGAUUUUCCUCCUCCAUGCAGCAGUAUAUCCAAUAUUGACAAGAUUUUCCUUACUCUUACCUGUGUAAGUUAAAACAGACUUUGAUUUGCAGACCUUCCCUUCUCAUUCUGUUGUUUGGUCGUUGUCUUGGUUUGUUUGUUUGGGUUUUUUUUUAACUGACUUGAAAAUGUUUUUUAAAAAGGCUCAGUGAAUGUAUUACUGUUUUAUGUCUGGUUUGCAUCUACAUUGUCAUUGUUGGGCAGUAAUGUCAAGGUGGUAGAGUUCAUGCAGAGCUCCAUCAAAAAAGGUUUUAUAUAGAUGAUUACUUUGCAACAUAAAGUGCUUACAGAUUUAUAUGAAUAUUACUUAGUAACCUGAGAUUUAAUCAUUGGGAACACAGAGUUAGGAACACUGCGAUAUUUGGGGAAUGUAGGAAUAAAGGAGAACGAUUUUUGUCACCUCAGGUCUAUUGCAGGCGGCUUCAGUACAGAUGAGGAAUUUCAGUAAGUUUUCUCAAAAUCUUCUUGCUCUGGGUGGUAUCUGGGUAAUUCUGCUGUGUCUUACAACAGUGAAAACAAAGUCAAGUAAAAUGGUUACCUCCUCAGAGGCUGAAUUGUGAUAUAGAAUGACUAAAUGAGUAUCUGUUUCAAGGAAGUUCGUGUUUGCUCCUGGGAACAACUGAACAUGGGGAAGAAGUUCAGCCCUUUAUCCCAUGUAACUCAUCUAUUGCAAUCAUGGUGUUGUUUGAAAGGGAAUGUCACAUAGUCUCUCUUCUGUUUUGCUUUCUAUGAGAGUUAAGGUUAUUGUAUUAUUUAAAAGAUUUGUUGCCUUGAGGAACCUUGCAUGUGUGUUAUGCAGCAAGCUACCGUAAUUAAAUGUCUGCAAGCCACAGGGAGGCAUUUCCUAUCAGCAUUUCCAUUUCUGUGUACACUUUAUUUUAAGCCUUAUUUGUUUAGUGUAUUAAUGUAGGCUUAUACAAAGUAUGGAAGUGGAUAUUUAAAAGAGGUGGUUUUCUGAGAACCUUACUUCAGUUUUUUAUUUCUUGAAAUCUUACAUUUUAAGUUCCAGUACUUCCUGAGAGGUCCCAAUCACAGUCUGUUUACAGAAUUUCUGUGAAAACUUUUGGCCUUUAUAGACUUGCAUUAUUUAUUUCUAAUAUUCUUUUUCAGCAUUUUUCUUGGUUGUGUAUCUGAAAUGUAUCAUAUAUUCUUUACUAGUUUAAAUAAAUGGAAAAAAUGUUAGAUUUAUUAAU